GUGAGCUCGCGGACUGGGACGCCGGGGCGCUGUGCGGCGGGACGCGCCGGCCCGAGCGAUGCCCGGGCUGCUGCCUCUGGCCCGCCGAGUCGCCCUGGCCGCCGUGCGUUGCGGCCGCGGCUGCUGCGGGCUCGGGAUGUUCUACGCCGUGCGCAGGGGCCGCAGGACCGGCGUCUUCCCGACCUGGAAUGAAUGCAAAGCACAGGUGGACCGGUUUCCUGCUGCCAGAUUUAAGAAGUUUGCUACAGAAGAUGAAGCCUGGGCCUUUGUCAGAAACUCUGUGAGCCCGGAUGGCUCAGAAGGACAAAAAAAUACUCGUGUGCAGGAGUCACAGGUGAAAGCUGGCAAGCGGCUCAGAGAGCCCUUAGCGGAAGAUGAAGACGAGAGCUCAGAGCCAAGCGCAAAGCAUGUGCGAAAGGACGCCGAGCCAGCCCCUGCUGUCGCCAAGGACACGUUUUCUUAUAUGGGAGACGCCGUCGUCGUCUACACGGAUGGCUGCUGUUCCAGGAACGGGCGGAGGAGGGCGCGAGCCGGAAUGGGCGUCUACUGGGGGCCAGGCCACCCUCUAAACAUAGGCAUUAGACUUCCUGGACGACAGACGAACCAAAGAGCAGAAAUCCAUGCAGCCUGCAAAGCCAUUGAACAAGCCAAGGCUCAGAACAUCAGUAAGUUGGUUCUGUGCACGGACAGCAUGUUCACUAUAAAUGGGAUCACGAACUGGGUCCAAGGCUGGAAGAAGAACGGGUGGAAGACGAGUACAGGGAAGGAGGUGAUCAACAAGGAGGACUUUGUGCAGCUGGAGGAGCUCUCCCGCGGCAUGGACAUCCAGUGGAUGCAUGUUCCUGGUCAUUCGGGGUUUUCGGGCAAUGAAGAGGCCGACAGGCUGGCGAGAGAAGGGGCCCAGCAGGCUGAAGACUGAGCAGUCGCCUGGGUACUAGAAGGCAAGCAAUGGCUCUUGCUGCUUUCAUUCCCUUGUGUGGACGGCUGUAGUGGACAAAGCUGAGCCAGGAAGGCACCGUGUGUCUUACAAACAUCCUGUCAAAAGUGCUCAAGUUGUCAGGAGGUGGACAUCUUUGAGAUUUGACGGUUCUGAGAUCGCCCUGUGCUUCCUGGGCUUGGUGUAUUUUCAUUUGUUUUAUUGCAGUCUGGCCCAAAGUGCUUUGGCUUGGAUUUUUAUAAGGAAUCAAUAAAACAUUGGUUAAAAGAUGCA